AUGCCAAUUGAUCUAGGACUCUCUAGAGUUACAAAAUUACUUCGCCAUCUUGGAAAUCCACAUAUAAAUACAUAUAAAUCCAUCCAUAUUGCAGGGACAAAUGGUAAAGGAUCCACGGUAGCUUAUUUGUCCUCCAUAUUAACCCAAGCCAAGGUUAGAAAUGGGCGUUUUACUUCACCACAUAUGGUAUAUUAUAAUGAUUCCAUUUGCAUAAAUAAUGAAGUUUAUCCACUUGCAAAAUUUAAGAGUAUCAGUGAUUACGUUCAGAAAGAGAAUACAUCUUUACGAUUAGGUUGUACUGAAUUCGAGCUUUUAACGGUUACUGCGUUCAAAAUUUUUGAACUAGAAAGGGUUGAGUUGGCAAUAAUAGAAGUUGGUCUUGGGGGGAGACUUGAUGCUACAAAUGUGUUGGAAUCUUUUAUUGAUGAUAGAACGACCGGCCAUAAAGGUGGUGUUAUAGCUACUGGAAUAACAAAGAUAGGUAUAGAUCACGAAGCAUUAUUAGGUGAUACGUUAGCCGCAAUAGCGUAUGAAAAGGCUGGUAUUAUGAAGAAGUCUGUUUCGUGCGUUGUUGAUAGACAAAAUGAUCAAGAAGCCUUGGAUGUGUUAAAAAAAGUCGCAAAAGAUACCAUGUCAGAUUUGUACAUAGUGGACGGUAUAAGUGAAGCAGAAACGUAUCCGACGGACAAGCUGUGUUGUUCUGACGACGUUAAAUCCCUUGUGGAAUACUCCCCCCUCAAGGGUGACUACCAAUUGCAAAAUUUGAGUAUAGCAUUAAAAAUACUAGAUGUUAUUAAGCUCCAAAAUCAUUCGUCAUUGAAUGAUGAAAACGGAGAAUCAAAGCUAACUACAGACUCUAUCAAACUUGGAAUCAAGAAAACAGUAUGGCCUGGUAGGUUACAAUCCAUAAAUAUCCCAAAAUCAGGGUUGCGUCUUCUUCUAGACGGUGCACAUAAUGAAAGUGCAGCUAUAGAGCUUGCAAAAUACAUUGAACGUAUCAGAAAUGAUGGAAGCGGAAUUAUAUUUGUGAUUGCAUUAACUAAGGGCAAAUCGAUUGAUAACCUUUUGAAGCACGUUAUUCAUAAAAAUGAUACGAUUAUACCUACAGUCUUCUCUAUCCCUGACCAAAUGCCUUGGGUUUCAAGCUACUCGUGUGAGGAUGUGCAGAAAGUAGCUAAAAACUAUGUUGAAGACGUAAGAAAUAUAAGUGCUUCUGGCCAAAGCAUUGAACAGGUGCUAGAUUAUGUAAAUGAGCUCAAAUUAUCGGGUGAUAAUAGAAAUGUAGUAGUAUGUGGGAGCUUGUAUUUGUGUGCUGAUAUCUUAAGAUACGUGGAUACAGUUUCUAAAUAG